CUCAUCUCAGUACGAAGCUAGGUACCCCACAAUUGGAGGUUCGAUCUCACCAGCUGUAUUUCUUGAGCCCUUUCGAAAGGCGAGACGACGAACCCUAGGAUGGGUGAGCAGAAUGCGGCAUCUUUGACGGCGGUUGGUUAUCAGCCAACCAAGAAACGAACCGACGACGAUGUGAUCUAUCUCGGCACCUACAAAGUGAAGGAUUCUACUCAUACCGUUGAUGCCUCUCUGAGCACACCCGAGCGAAACAGCCGACUUUGUCGAGACCACGUAGCAUCAACUCGGCCAAGGCUUCGAAAGAGCCAUCACGGGAGAAUUGACAUGGCCUCCACGCUGAAGAUACCCGCCGAGAUGACCUACAAGCAUGUCAGACUUGGUGUGAUGAAGGACUUUAUCGAUUUGCGUCGAGCUGUAUAUGGGUUCUUUGACCGCGCAGGGAGGCUUCGCCGCCGUACGGAGAUCAGAAAACGCACUGGUACAGCGGAUCUAGUUCCUUGGUUGAGCGCCGCUCUUGUCGCUCAUGAUCAAGUCGAAUAUCGUCCAUGCUUCCGAGGAUUAACACAUCAACAAGUCCGAAAGGAGUUGCGCUGCCAGUUGGCAAGAAAGCUUUAUUCGCAUGCCGCCGAUGGAGAGAUAUAACAAAGCAGCUGGUAGCUACUUGAGGGAGGGGACACCGACAAGGCAUCAUCAGUCAGGAGUAAAGUAUCAGCCAAAAGGGUUAUGAGUAACGGAGCAAGCACUGGCCGAUACAUUGCUUCGGCGAACAUACGCAGCUGCGUCGGGAAACGAGGGUCGCCGUAAUGCUCGACGAUACCGCUCUGAUGUUCAAGUACUGCCGACCAAAGGUCAAAAAUGACCACUUUGACGACCAGUAUCUGGCAGAAAGAGAGCGUGCUGUACAGCGUAUCGAUUUCGUUCGGUGCAAUCAUCCUUAAUGCCAGGAUGACCCAAGUUCCCGACACUGGAUGCGUUCAGACGACAAGUCAUGCAAAGCCGAUCAAAGAAGGCCAGAUGUGGUAGAAUCACGGUCAAAGGAAGUUUAACCAAGGGAUGAGUCUAGAUUGUAACUCCUAAGGGCAUGGAUAGACGCAUUAUAGUUAUGACCCCCCAAUACUUGCCUACCUUUGAUUUUUCC